UAUCAUUACCGGAAUUUGACGUGUGCCUGGCUCGUCCUGAUCAAGAUGGCUGCUGCGGCCGUUGUUUCGGAUGAAGAAUGAGAUGACCCUCGGUUGACGUCCGAUACAACCCCGCAAAAGUACUCCGAUACUAAUCUGCAGAACCACCCACCAGAGCCACCACCAAGACCACCCGGACCGAAACGACACGAUUCUCCCGAUAAAGCAGGGGCUGCGCGCGCUGUGAGAAACCGCCAAGAUGGACACCACCACUUCCAUCAAGAUGACCACGCUGGCCAUUCAGAAGCUGUUCGGCCACGUGGAGGAGGAGAACCUGACGGCGCUGCGUGACCAUCUGGACCGCUUUAAGGAAGUGGACGGACGCAGCGACAAUGGGCAGACGCCACUGAUGCUGGCCGCCGAGCAGGGGAGCCUGGAAAUUGUGCAGGAGCUCAUCCGGCGAGGAGCCAACGUCAACUUGGAUGACGUGGACUGCUGGUCGGCACUGAUCUCAGCUGCCAAGGAAGGUCACGUGGAGGUGGUGAAGGAGCUCCUGGAGAACAGCGCCUACAUCGAGCAUCGCGACGUGGGAGGAUGGACGGCGCUCAUGUGGGCCUCGUAUAAAGGUCGCGUGGAGGUCACCAAGGAGCUGCUGGAGCACGGCGCCAACCCCAACACCACCGGACAGCAGUACAGCGUGUACCCCAUCAUCUGGGCGUCCGGGCGAGGUCACGCCGACGUCGUUAAACUCUUGUUGGAGAGCGGAGCCAAAGUCAACUGUUCGGAUAAGUACGGGACGACGUCUCUCAUCUGGGCGGCGAGGAAAGGCCAUUUCCAGUGCGUCACGCACUUGCUGGAGAACGGCGCCGACGUCGACCAGGACGGAGCGAACUCCAUGACGGCGCUGAUCGUGGCGGUGAAGGGCGGCUUCACAGACGUGGUGAAGGAACUGCUGAAGCGCAACCCCAACGUCAACAUGACGGACAAAGAUGGCAACACGGCGCUGAUGAUCGCCGCCAAGGAAGGCUACACCGAGAUCGUGCAGGACCUCCUCGACGCCGGCACCUACGUCAACAUUCCCGACCGGAGCGGCGAUACGGUGCUGAUUGGAGCGGUGAGGGGGGGCCACGUGGAGAUUGUCAGAGCUCUGCUGCACAAGUACGCCGAUAUCGACAUUCGAGGGCAGGAGAGUAAGACGGCACUGUACUGGGCGGUGGAGAAAGGCAACGCCUCGAUGGUGCGCGACAUCCUGCAGUGCAACCCCGACACGGAGACGUGCACCAAGGAUGGCGAGACGCCUCUGAUCAAAGCCACCAAGAUGAGGAGCAUCGAGAUCGUCGAGCUGCUGCUGGAUAAAGGGGCCAAGGUGUCCGCCGUCGACAAGCGAGGAGACACGCCCCUGCACAUCGCCAUCCGGGGGCGCAGCCGCCGCCUGGCCGAGCUGCUCCUGCGGAACCCCAAAGAUGGCCGCCUGCUCUACCGGCCCAACAAGGCCGGCGAGACGCCGUACAACAUCGACUGCGGCCACCAGAAGAGCAUCCUCACGCAGAUCUUCGGCGCCCGUCACCUGUCGCCCACCGAGUCGGACGGCGACAUGCUCGGCUACGACCUGUACAGCUCGGCCCUCGCCGACAUCCUGAGCGAGCCCACCAUGCAGCCCCCCAUCUGCGUGGGGCUCUACGCGCAGUGGGGCAGCGGAAAGUCCUUCCUGCUCAAGAAGCUGGAAGAUGAGAUGAAGACCUUCGCGGGGCAGCAGAUGGAGCCGCUGUUGGGCCCCUCGUGGCUGGCGGCCGUCCUGUCGCUCCUCCUGUGCGGGGGGGUGGCGCUGGGGCUGGGCUUCACCUUGGACCCCAAGCUGGCCGUGGCCGUCUCGCUCAGCCUGCUGGCGCUGCUCUACAUUUUCUUCGUGGUGGUGUACUUUGGGGGCCGGCGCGAGGGGGACAACUGGAACUGGGCGUGGCUCCUCAGCAACCGCCUGGCCCGCCACAUGGGAUACUUGGAGCUCCUCCUCAAGCUGAUGUUCGUCAACCCGCCGGAGCUCCCGGAGCAGAGCGUCCGAGCGCUGCCCGUCAGGUUCCUGUUCACCGAUUACAACCGUCUGUCGAGCGUCGGCGGCGAGACGUCGAUGGCCGAAAUGAUCGCCACGCUGUGUGACGCGUGCGAGAGGGAGUUUGGAUUCCUGGCCACUCGCCUCUUCAGGGUGUUCAAGACGGACGAAAAGCAAGGAAAGAGCAAGUGGAAGAAAACCUGUUGCGUGCCGUCCUUCGUGCUCUUCGCGCUGGUGAUGGGCUGCCUGGUGAGCGGCGUGGCGCUGAUGGGCGUCUUCCGGGCGGGCGGCGACAAGCGGACGCUCAACGGCGUCCUGAUGGCGCUGGGCAGCGCGGUGGGCGUGGCCGUCCUGCUCAACUGCCGCACGUGGUGGCGGGUCUCCGACUCGGUGCUCAACUCGCAGAGGAAGCGGCUGCACCGCGCCGCCAACAAGAUGAACCAACUCAAGAGCGAAGGCUUCAUGAAGGUUCUGAAGACCGAAGUGGAGCUGAUGGCCAAGAUGGCCAAGACCAUCGACGCUUUCACUCAGCACCAGACCAGGUUGGCGGUGGUCAUUGACAGCCUGGACUCGUGCGAGCAGGACAAAGUUCUGCAGAUGCUCGACACGGUGCGAGUCCUGUUCUCCAAGGGUCCCUUCAUCUCCAUCUUUGCCAGCGACCCGCACAUCAUCAUCAAGGCCAUCAACCAGAACCUCAACAGCGUCCUGCGGGACUUUGUCAACGGACACGACUACAUGAGGAACAUCGUCCACCUGCCCGUCUUCCUCAACAGCAGAGGCCUUUCCUGCGCCAGGAAGAUGGGCGGCGGCGGUGCGGCCAACGCCGGCGCGCCCGCCAACGGGGAUGCCGCCAACGCCGAUUGUGGAGGAUGGCACGAGGAGCUGGACAGGAAGUUGUCGCAGCACAGCUUGGGAGAAUCCACCAAGUUUGGCAGCAAGGCCAACCUCAGCCGCCGGGACACGUACCGGCGACGCCACGCCCAGCGCUCGGUGACUCGCCAGAUGUCGUUCGACUUGACCAAGCUGAUGGUGGCCGAAGACUGGUUCACAGACAUCAGCCCUCAGAGCAUGAGGAGACUCCUCAACAUCGUCUCCGUCACCGGUCGUCUGCUGCGAGCCAAUCAGAUCGCGUUCAACUGGGACCGCCUGGCCUCGUGGAUCAACCUGACCGAGCGCUGGCCCUACAGGACGUCCUGGCUCAUCCUCUUCCUGGAGGAGAGCGAGGGCGUCCCCGACCAGGCUACCCUCAAGAACAUUUACGAGAGGGUGCUGAGGAACAUCCCCACCACCAAAGACGUGGAACCGCUGCUGGAGAUCGACGGAGACGUUCGCGCCUUCGAAGUCUUUGUGUCCUCGCGGACGCCCGUGCUGACCGCCAGGGACAUUCGCACCUUCCUGCCCUGCACCGUCAACCUGGACCCCAAACUGCGCGAAAUCAUCGCCGACGUGCGUGCGGCGCGCGAGCAGAUGAACCUGGGCGCCGUCGCCGUGGGCUACCCGACCCUGCAGGAGGUCCAGCCCCGGCCCAUCUCGAUGUACAGUCAGGUGUCGUCGGCGUGCUCGCCGUCCGCCUCCUUCAGCGGGCCGUUCAUCCCACCGGCGGGGGGGGCCGUGGUGCCGCCGCCGCCUCACAGCAGCUUCUACAGCGGCAUGGCCGGGCCCCAGCACCCCUUCUACAACAGGCCAUAUUUCCCUCACCACCACCACCACCACCAUCUUCACCAUCCGCCGCGUCCGCCGCCGGCGGCCUACCCAUCACACUUCCUUCCCCGCGUGCUCGUUAAGAGCACGGCCCGCCGCGAGGCCCCCGCAAGUAGCUCCGCCUCCGCGGCUUCGGGGAUCCCGCCCACCCUCCUGAGCGCCAUGACGACGGAUGGCGUGUGCGAGCACGUCACACAGAUCCGGGGCAUCGACCAGGCCAUGUUGGCCGCCUACACCGCCACCAUCCGGAAGGCCAACGUGAACGGACGAGUCCUGUCGCAGUGCAACGUGGACGAACUGAAGAAGGAGAUGAACAUGAAUUUCGGAGACUGGCAGCUCUUCCGAGCCAGCGUGCUGGAACUGCGACAGCUGGAGUACGAGGACGCCGCCAGUGAGCAAGGCGGCCUGGCGGGUGACCACCCGGAGACGGGCCGGCGGUCCGCGGCGGCGUUUCGGACCGGCCACGCCCCCAGCGACGUCUCCCCCAUGUACAGCUUCACUCUGAGCUUCGACGAUCUCAGCGCCAUCGGCCUGGACGAGCAGCAGCCCCCCAGACACGGUGGCCCGCAAUGGAUGGGCCCCCCGCAGCGGAGCGGCAGCGUCACCAGCCUCAACUCGCAGGAAUGCAGCAAUGACAUCGCCAAGCUGACGGAUAAGCAGCAGGCCGAGUACCGAUGCGCUUACCAGGAGUACAUCGCGCAGAUGGCCCAGUUGGAAGGCGCCUCCGGCGAUAGACCGGGCCUGCUUCAGCCGGCGCUUUUUAUGACGGCGCCUCCGGACCAGGGCGCCAAGGAUGGCGCCGAGCAAGACGGACGCAAGGCCUCGGUGAGCAAGAGGGGCGGCGGAGGCGGCGGCAAAGCGGUGUCUGACAACGGCGAUGGCGGCGAAGCACUGGAUCCUAUCACCGAAGAAGACGAGAAGGGAGACCACGGCUCGUCCAAGUCCCUGCUGGCUCGCAAGACCUCGGCGGAGCGCGGUGGCCUGUUCCCUGGCUCCAAGGCGGGCGGCGGCGGCGGCGGCGGCAACCUGCGCUACCAGAAGCUAACCAGCGACGACGACGAGUCUGAAGAGUCCGACUCCCUGCUGCUGAAAGCGGCGGUGGCGGAGGCCAAAGCGGGGGGCUGCUCCCUGGCCCUGAAGGGGAAGGACUACCUGUCGGACGCCACCUUGGACAAGAAGGACUCCUCCGACUCGGGUGUGCGCUCCAACGAGAGCUCGCCCAACCACUCGCUGCAGGACGAGGAGGCCGAGCUGUCGCAGGCGGAGCGCGCCGACUUGAUCCAGCUGAACGAAGGAGGCAAGCGAGGCGCCCCCGCCGCCGAGAACCGCAUGUCCAUCUGCAGUCCCGAGGAGACCUGGCCCGCCUCGCAGACCUGGAACCUGAACCGCACGUCCGGCAGCGUCACGCUCAACAACAACAACGCCGCCAACGCCCGGCAGGGCGAACAGCCCGGCCAGACGCCCCGCAGCGCCCCCGCUGCCGACACCAUCAUCCCACCCGCGUCCACCGCCGGAGUCGCCCGGCCCGGCCCCGACAACGAAAACGUGCGAGUGGUCCACCUGAAGAGGAGCCUGAAGCCGGGAGACCCUCCCGAGGUCUGCACCGCGACGGCCGACGCCGUCGCCUUCGGGGAGGAGCGCGAAAGCAUCCUGUGACUCGUCGCAAGCCCGCCGCAUCACGUCACUCGUCAUUCAUUUUGCAAAGUUGGAAACUUACCAUGGGAGGAAAGCAAGAAUUUGGGGG